ACCACAGGAUGUGACGUAUUACAAAUUCAACGCGGCCGCUUCGCAGUUCGCACAGUUUUGCCUGCUGCAAAAAGUCUCAUUUCGUUUUCGUUGACCGCAUUACUUUUUGUAAUUUAGCGUUCCAGCCACAACUUGAUAUGAUCGCAUUUGAUCGUUUAACUCGCGUUCGAGCGGCGAGACGUAUGCGACGCCUCGAAGUUAACCAGCUGGGCUAAUUAACGGAGCUGCUAGCUGCAUAUUAUUGCCAAAGAGAAAUGUAUACACCGAGAGACAAUGGCGAGACGGCUGGGAAAAUUAAGACUGAGCCCCAACGAAGAGGCCCAGUUGAUACAAGAAGAAAGGGAGAGGAGGAGAAAACUACGAAUACAACAGGUUCGUGAGCAGCAGAAGGAUUUUGCGCUGCAGACACGGCAGAAUGUGGAGCAGAGGCGUCGGCGUGAGCUCGAGCUGCUGGGACAGGGACUACGGGAAGAAUGGGAGCAACAACGGAGCGAAAAACUGCACAUGCUGCAGAUGCUUUACGAACAGAGCCUCCAGAUGGUCGGCCAUGGACAGAGAAUGGCCAAAGAAAAUGAGCCUGAUUUGGCGGCCUUAGCCCAGAGGGAGGCGCAGAAUCACGCAAAAGCAGAGGAGCGCUUUCGAGAAGCCCUCAAGGAGCUGAAGUCGCAGAGGCUUAAAGACAUCGAAACGCAAAGCCGAACAAUCAAUGCCAGGAAGAAGGCACUUCAGGUAGAAAAGGAUAGAUCGGCAAAAGUGGCCAACCUCCCGGUGCCUACACCAAAACCAAUUCUGCAGGCUACUGAUUCAGAGAAAUUGCAUGUGGGAAAGAAGUCAGAUGUCAGUGCCUUUGCCUUUACACGUUAUCACAUGACCGCAGCCACAGUGGACCGAGCGGUGGACACGCAGCUGACUGAUGCCCAUGAGGGAGCGGAACUGGAGAUGAAGAGGCUGCAGGACUUCCAGAGGGACGACGAAAGGAAGAGAGCCGAGCGGAUGGAGACUGCUCGUCUUCGAGGGAAAUCAGCUAUGCGGAAAGAGCACCUUGCACUGGACCGCGAUCGGCUUCUUGUGGAACUGGAGCACAUGCAGCAGGCUGACAUGUUGAGGAGGCGGCAGCAGGCGUUUCAGAUGCCGCCGCAGAUCUUCCAGCCGCCUCACUUAAGGCAGGAGAUGAAGGAUGACUUCCAAAGGGACAUGGAGUUUGCCUUUGAGGACAUGUACACCAGAGAAAGGAAAAUCAAAGGUGACCUCAUGGGCCGGCUGGUAUCCGAACCGCUUCCUGACACAUCCACAAUCAGCCAGGACCCAGAGCUGGAUGUCAUGCUGGAGGAAACCAACACAUCUGAAAUAGACAAGUCGCAAGUGGACCCGGAAUCACAGGACUCUGCAUGUGUGGACACUGUCAGAGCAGCUCCCAGACAGGCCCUGAAGAAACUCCUCAGUCGCAUCAGGAACCAGAGGAGCGACAAUGGUGUCCCUGCAGCCCGUUCUCUCGUCACCGUCGCCAGUCGGGUCUCAGAGAGGGACACGGAUGUGAUCCCAGAACGGGAUACCAUUGUCAGGCCUGGGGGAGUUGCGGAGAGGGAUGCGGUUGCCGAUUCAGAGGCACUUUCGGAGCGAGACAUGACCAUCGACACAGGCUCCCUCAGCAGCCAGCCCACCCAACCUCCAUCGUCAUCUACAGCAAAGCCCAUUAGUCAGCUGAUCCCGGCAGAUGCUCAACACCAAGAUGACCUUUCCUCCAAAAUCCUGGAACUUGAAAUGGAGCGAAAGAAAAGGGAGCUGGAGCUGGAGCGGGAGAAGCAGCAGCAAAUGGCCUUGCUAAAGGAGUUGGAAGAGGAGAAAGCCCAAUUAGAGCGGCUUCUCAAUGAUAUUCAGCAGGAGGGAAACCACCCAAAAGUUACUGUGGCCCAGGAAAUUGCUCUUAAACAAGCAGAGGUACCGCCGGUCCAUGACCAGGAUGUUCCCAGAGGUCGAGAGCUGCUGACUCCUGAGCACACCAGAAGGAUCCGAGAAUGUCAAGAGCGCCUCCUGGAACAAAACAGAAUUAAUCAACAGUCUAUGGAAGUGGCUCGACGGCACCUGGAAAAAUACCAACAUGCUCUUCAGGUUCAUCGCAACGCGGCCAGCGCGCCGCCUCCUCUGCCACAGUUGCCCUCUGUGGAGCCACAAAUUGCUAUGGAGGUUACCUCACAAGGGUCUGCUGCUCCAACCUUCCUUUCCAGUCUUCCCUCCCCCAGUUUCAGCCGUUCUUCCAGCCUGCUGCCCGCUGAACCGUUUGGAAGGUCAAACCUUCCAGUUCACCAGAUACAGGGUGUCUCAGAUCUUGCCCCUUUGAGGCAAAACUUAGUUUCAAGAGUUGCUGAGCGAGCUAGAAGCCCAACGGGGACCAUAGAGUCACUUCCGUCUAAAGCGGUCAUCAGAAAAGUAUGUCCUCCUAAAGGAGUCACCAGAGAAGUACUUCCUCCUGAAGCAGUCACCAGAGAAGUACUUCCUCCUGAAGCAGUCACCAGAGAAGUACUUCCUCCUGAAGCAGUCACCAGAGGGAUACUUCCUCCUGAAGGAGUCACCAGAGGGAUACUUCCUCCUGAAGCAGUCACCAGAGGGAUACUUCCUCCUGAAGCAGUCACCAAAGGGAUACUUCCUCCUGAAGCGGUCACCAGAGAGGUAUUUCCUCCUGAAGCGGUCACCAGAGAGCCGAUUCCUGCUGCAGCGGUCACCAGAGAGCCGUUUCCUCCUGAUGUGGUCGCCACAGAGUUAUUUCCUCAAGUGGUCACCAGAGAGCCACUUUCUCCUAAAAUAUUUACCAGGGAGCCAAUUCUGCCUCAAGUGAUCGCUACAGAGUCAAUUCCUCCUCAACUGGUCACCAGAGAGUCACUUCAUCCUAAACCAGUUACCAGAGAAGUCCUUCCUCCUCAAGCGGUCACCAAAGAGUCCUUUGCUCUUAAACCAGUCACCACAGACUUCCUUCCUUUUAAAGCUAUCACCACAAGCCUUCCAUUCCAGCCCAUCCAAACAGUCACAUUGGGUCGCCCUCCGCUUCCUCGAUUGCCGCUAGCUGGAACCCUUGCAGAUGACUACUCGGACCGGCAGAGACCUCAGGAGGUUUACGAGCGGCAACGGGAGGGCGAGGUGGAAAGCUUUGAAGAGCUGCGUCUGCAACAGCGAGAGAGCUUGGAGCUACUGAGGCAGCAGAAGGAAACAUUGAAGGCUCUGAUUAAUGUUGAUGCGCAAGUGAGACCGCACAGUGAAGUCUCGGCACCAGAUGACGCUGGUCAAACCCGCUCGGAACUACUUUCUUCUCUGCUCAAAGUAAUUGAAAAAUCAAACAAGGGGAGUUUGUCCCAUGCGAGACAUUUACAGGUGGAAGAUGUCCCAAGUCUACAACUCCCAUCCACCAGCAGGGCAGCCUCGCUCCAUGCGCCUGCUCGAGCAGCAAAGCCCCCAGUGACCCGCAUCCGGCUCGGUACGAUGAUGAGGGAACAGCACGAGCUCAGCGCCAUACAGGAAGUUGAGACACCAGUGGAUACCAGCCAAGUGACUGGCCCAGAGGAUGUUUUCGCUGUGCCACAACACACAAUGGACUGGUCUCUGCAGGAGCCCUGUGACUUCUCUCUGGCCACCGAACAGGCUCUACAGACGCCUUCCAUGUCAAGUUCAAAGAGGUCCAGCCCAGCCCUCUGUGGAGAUAAGCUGCUGAUGAGGACUGGAACAUCCCCAGACUCCUCUCAGCAUGGUUCAUAUGACCCACUCUCAUCAGACUUCGGAAGGGGAGCCGACUGCGUUGGCCCGACACUCAUGAUCCACAGCUCCCUCCGAGAUGAUUCCAGGCCACCCGGAGAGGCAAGUCAGCAGUAUGCACAUAGACCUCCUGAUCCAGAAUGCCUGUCCACCACCACCCUGUCCACUGGCAGCUACAGCAAGAGUGAUCCAGAGCCCAACGCCGGUAAAUCUCCGAAUCUUGUCACCAUGGAGACUUCUCGAGUUGGCAACUCCUCCAGUCCUGCUGCAGCCCAGCACCACUCAGCCUUGCUCGCCUCUCUGUUUAACGAUGGCAACGUCCAGCGCAUCAUUGACCGAUUUGCUAAAGAACUCGAUAGCUCUCUAAGCACAGCGGAUAAAAGCACAGACAGCGUAAGCUCCGUUUUGGAGGAGCCUAACUCUUCGUUUUCUGAGCAGUCUUUAUACAAAAUAUCUGGGAGGCGAGGGGAGGACGACGAAGCAUCUCAUGUGACUCUUCCCCCUCCACCCGUCCACUCAGCUCUGCUCGCCUCGCUGUUCAAUGACGGCAACGUCCAGCAUGUCAUCGACCGAUUUGCCAAAGAGCUCGAUUGCUCUCAAAGCGCCGCGGGUAAAAGCACAGACAGCGAAGGCUCUGUUUUGGAGGAUCCUCACUCUUCGCUUACCGAGCAGUCUUUACAACAAGUCUCUGGGAGGCGAGAGGACGACGACGAAUCCUCUCGUGUGACACUUCCCUCUCAGGCUACCCACAUAAGUGACCUGACAAUCCAUCCAAUGAUGGAGCAGCUUUCGGUGUGCGAGGAUCAGGAUUCGUUCAGACCUCUAAUGGCUCAGCUGGCGGAUCAGUCCUCCACCCUCCUCGCCGAUCACAGAGACGCCACCAUGGAGCGUCUGGUGGAUCAACCAUCAGCUCAAUCAUCCAUGAUCGGUCAGCUGCCUGUCCCGCCACCUUCUGCCGGAUGGGACUUAACUCUGAGUCGCAUCAUGGAAGAAGUCUCCCGAGAGUCGAGCCAGCGUUGGCGGAGAGGCGAGCGGGAACCCUGUGUGGGUCAGCUGAUGUCUCGGGCAGAACAGUCGUGGUUGGACGAGAGUCAAGAGGAUAGCUCGAUGAGACCUCUCGUCGGGGAGUUGGACGUGUCUUCCGGCCAGGACAGUGGAACCUCAGGUGAGAGAAUGCGCGUGGAUCUCGGCGCCGCGAUGCAGGCCACUGUGCCGCCGUACCAAUCAUUACCCACUGAAGCCUCCCAUCACAGAACGUCCGACUCCAGACCGAAUCCGCUCCCGCCACUCCCGUUUGGCGAAGACUCCUUUCUCCCUUUGCCGCCCGAGGUCACCUGCGACGAAACGAUCGACCCGUCCGCCGUCUUUCGCAACGCCCCCAACUCCUCCGACGGACACCUCUCGAGCGGAGAGCUCAGCAUGUCGGCGCUUUCCAACUCUCAGUCGCACGACGGCACCUCAGAGAGCGAGCGGUCCACUGAGUGCUUCAGGGCGGAGGACGGCUCCCACAGGAUAUCUGCUUGGCAUUGCGUCUCCUCUCCUCAGGUGGUGGAGCUCUCGCAAUCGGACGUGAGGGAUGUUUUAUCUCCCUUCAGCGUGCUGCCAGAGGAGGAUGUGGAAGAGCAGAAUGAAGUGAGAGUUCCAGUUCCUGACCUCUCUGCAAAAGUUCAGCCGGAGCAGAGUUUAAACCUGAGGAUGGACUUCACUUCUAAGUUAUUGGAAGCAGGCAGUACGAAGGGCAUCCUUGAGCAGUCCCAAAUAACACUAGUGAGCUCGACGGACACCACACUGCAGGACAACUUUUUAUCUGUGGUAGAGCCAUUGUGGGAGGAGGAAGGACAGAAAGUCCAAGAGGCAUCCCAAACAACCAUAAUGGAGGAAUCUUCAGGGUCCUCAAAAGAGGAGCAGAGCCCAACACAUGCAGCCAUGCUCCUUGAGUUCAACUGGGGGUCUUGGCAGCAGGGGGUCUUUGAGCAGAAGCGGCGAGCUCUGCAGCAGAGGUCGGCCCGCCGGGCGGAAGAAGUCAAAGCUCAAGGUGCGCUGGCCAGGACUGGAGUUGCGGAGGUGAAGGUCGCUGCGCAGUCUGAGGAACGUCCUCCUCGGACUCGACGGGAUGCUCAACUUGACACAUUCAAAACGGCAAAGUCCACUUUGGUCAAGCAACAAAAGACGCCGACUCCUCCAGCAGUGACCAUGUCAACAAGGCUGAACAACCAGAGCCAAGUCAAGAAAAGCAAACACGAUGUUUUGGAGAUGCACAAACGAACCCAGAGACUGUACGAGCAGCUGGAGGAGGUGAAGCAGCAGAAGGCGGUUCGCAGCAGAAAAGAGGCUUAUGCCAACAACAGACAGAAGGCCAAAGCCUUUCACAUGAAAACCCUCCAGAAGCUCCGUGCCAAGCAGACUCAACAAUGAGUGACUCUGAAUGUGGUUUUAUACCUGUGUCCAUUAAGAUAUAAUUUUAUCAAUAAAGCUUUUAACUUAUUCAAAGA